CACACUCGGCAACAGGAACAUUUGUUCCGAAGUCAAUUUCUUCAGCGCCUCCUCUGCGAGACCAAUGCAGAAGUUUCCAAACUGGCCAUCUUUGACGCCAUCUCGCCGGCUUUGCCCAGUUCCCGGGGUCCAGAUGGUACUCGCUGUUUCCGCAUGUCAGCCACCAGCCCAAUGACAAGUCUUUACGGUGGGCUCCAUUUGUCGAAACGUUCCAUCGGCUCACCCGUCCCCGACCCCGUCUGUCCGUCGACCACCUCCUUGAAGCCUCCGAUGGAAGUAACCGCGGUCACUUACCUUCCUCUCAACAGAGACAUGUCGCCACGACUCGCCCUACCAACUCAGCCUCCCUCCAUGGCCUUCAUCACGUUGCCGGGACCCACGAAUACCAUAAAUGCCACACCAACAGUCAUCCUAAGCCCUACAUUCCAACAAAGUCAAUCUGGACCGCCGCAAUCGGGAUAUUUAUUCCCAUCCUCAACCGAAUGGGCCGGUUUUCAGACUCAUCCAUGCGGUCUUGCUCAGCCACAAAUUUUCCCUCCUCCACUUUUUCAACCAUCCAUUCCUCAUUCCAUUUUCAUCCAACCUCCUCGCACCAACUACUGCUUGCCGGCCGACAAGUCUACCGUCGAAUCUUCUGCUCUAUUUCCUCAAUUAAGAGAGGCUGUUCUAGCUCCGACAGACUCGGUAAGACAGACCAACUUGAGCACUGUCCCGAGGCACAAAUUUGUUCAGGUAGGUCUUUGGUAG